AUGCACAAAACAACUACACUGAUAUCAACAAAGCCUCGUACAGAAGUUGAAGCCAAAAGUGAUGUUACCGUAGAGAAAUGGCCAGAAAGUUCAUUGAACCCUACUGAUGUUACGCAAGACAAAAGUGACGUGACUGAAGCUCUUGUUGAAGAAAUUACAGUUAAAAAUGAAGAAAUCAAUAAAGACAAAACAGAGCCUACUAAAGAGAUUCCAUCCAUCACAGACACGCCCGUCAAACCAAAAAGGAAUAAAGAAAAUAUCAAUUUAUCAAAUGUUGAUAAUCCUAUAAUAGAUGGCGCUGUUAAGCCGAGUGCUCGUAAAAAUAAAAAUAAAGAGAAGAAACACACAGAGAAAUCAGAUGACAUUGUAAUAGAUAUUAAAUCUGAUAUAGACCUACCAAAUCCUGAAACUGAAAUUCCAAAACAAAAAAGUCCGGAUGAAGAACCAGAAUUUGAAGUUAAGCGUAGUAAAAAGAAUAAAAAGAAAAAACGUAGACACGAUUCUGAAAGGUCUGAUAAACCUGAGGAAGUGGUAUCAUGUACAGCUGCCUUCGAAGAUUUAAUUGAGAAAAAAACUGAUAACCAAAAUAUAAAAGAAGAAAAAAUGGAUCAAGAAACUAGCAAAGAACAACCUACCGAGUGUGCUGUGGAUUCAGAGGUAAUUUUGUCAACAGAAAAUCAAAACGAUAUUAUGACGUUACAAGAAAAUGGUAAUUUAACAAACAAAAAGAAAAAGAAAGGAAAAAAGCAAGUUCCACAGCUUAAGGAUGAUACUCAAAAAGAAAGCAAUGAGCAUACUUCUAUUCAAAUUAAUGACGAUAUUAAAACUGAUAGUUCAAAUGCCGCUGCUGCUCAACAGAUUUCUGAAGACAAACCAAUUGAUAAGGAAGAUGCUGUUGCAAUUUCUGUUCUUAAAAGUGAUACUGAAGAAAUAAAACCAAAGGCAAAAAUCGCGAAACCAGUACAGAAAAAACCAGUUCAGAGUUCAGAUUUAAAAAAUGUAGAAACAAAAAGUACAGAAAUUUUAGAACCUUCAAGAACUGAGAGCAAUCUGUCGCAUACAGAUGAAAAAAUAAAGGAAAGUUUCACGCCAACGAAUGAAUCGAAUUUGACACCAAUCGAGUCCGAUAUUAUCGGUCAAUGUGAAAAUGUCAAAGAUUUAGAAGAAAAUACUUCAAAUAUUGAACUCCUUGAUGGCGCAACAGAAGAAAAAUUAAAAGACAAAUGUCAGAAAUUUCCAAUCGAAACUGACAAACUUGAAAUAAAAUUAGAAUCUAAUGUCGGGCUCAACAUCGAAGUACAAGAUACUAAUGAGAAUAUUAAACAGGACGGCAAACCAAACUUACUCGAAGAAAUGCCCAGGAAAGAUAAAUCAAAAGCAAAACGUCAAGUCAAAUGUUCGGAAACCGACGACUAUGACACAGGUACGUCGGAUGAAUCUCAUUAUAAUAUUUCCGAUAAUGUUUUUGGACCGCGCUCUGUCAGUCAGCAGCUGUUAGACGACAACAUACAAGAAGUUACUUCCAGGCAUUCAAAGUCGUCUAAUAUUCCAGUACCUUCCACUAUAGUACAAGAUUCUCGCGAAACACCGACACGUACACCAACUAAGACUCCUGCCUGCGCAACAGAUACCACCCACCAAGAAAAGACUGAUUUGAAAUCCAAAAUGAUGGAAGUCAAUAAAGAUUUGGAACAAAUAAGGAUGUCAUUGGAGAAAUCUCUAGCAGAGCUAACAGCAAUGAAAGAGAAGGAAGAAAAAAUAGCAAGAAAUGAGUGUGAUGUAGAUACGUCCAAAAAUAAUAAACCAGAAAAAUCAACCAAAGGAAUUAAUGCACCGAUUCCUUCAAAAAAUAUCAAAUCGGUUCAGUUAAAGACUGAAAAUGAUUCUUAUAUCGACCAUUCUGAUAGUACAACUCCUCCUAUUUCCCCACGGAGGAGAGACCAGAAGUGUAGAGCGAAAAAGAAAAGACGAGAACAAGAAAAUGUAUCGCAGACUAUGAGUGUUACUUCGGAAUCAAGAAACACUUCUACAAAUGAAAGUAAAUGUAAAGAAAAGGGAAAUAGUUCAGAUGAGAGAAGUCAACAGCAAUCUUCUUGCGACAAAGAACGUAACAAGACGAUGUCAUCAGAGGUGCAGUUCGAGGCAAUAGAAAAUUUUGAGGACGCGCUAACAUCGAGUGUUGAUGACGUGGAGAUUAACAAAACAUUUGAAAUAAUCGCCAAUGAAUUAAAUGAUGAUAUCCAAAAUAAUCCUCAAAAAGAAUCAUUUAUCACUAAACCUGAAAUCAAUAUAACUCCACCUUUAGAUGAGGAAGAAAAUAAAGGGCAAUCAAAAAACAUAAAUCCCGUUUCGCAGCCAAAAAACUUAUUAGGCUGCCCCAACAUUCCUGUACCAUCGAAUAAAACUGAUUAUAAAAAGGAAAAGAACAAAACUCCUAACGAACAACAGGCUAAAGUAAAAAUAAAGGAUUUGAUCGACGCCCAACUGGACGAUGAGUCUCUAAAGAAAUCAAAACAAUGUCAAACUGAUAGCAAAAUAAAAUUCAUAAAAGAUAAAAAUGAAAUUGAAUCUUUUUCAUACAUCAACAACGGGAAUGAGGAAUAUGUUUACAAAUAUAUAUUUCGAAAGGUUUUUCUUUCAAGUGUUUGUCAUAUUUGCAGAAAAGAUUUAAAGCAAACUAGAGUGCCUUGCAAGUUUUGUAAUUUACUUUUUUAUUGUAGUCAAAAACAUAAAGACGAAGAUUGGCCGAGACACCAAUCUUUAUGCUUUGCUGUCUCCACUAUAGUGCAUUUAAAAGAUCAGAAGCACAUUUACAGCGACACACAAAAUGUAUCAGGUCAAAAUUAUCGUCUGAUUCGAAUGCAGAUGAUCCUGUCUUGUGAGAAAGUGCUAAAGAGAAAGUUGUUGCCAUGGGAACAAGAAGUUCUCUUAUAUCCGAGGAUGUGCGCUGAUGUUACAUGCAGAGAGUGGAGACAGACAAAGUUAAUGGAUUGCGAUGGAUGCGGACAGGUAUCAUACUGUAUUGAGAAUCCGGAGCAUUUACCACCAACUCAUCAGCGCUGGUGCAAGCCAUAUGCCUUGUACCAGAAGCUGGUCCUCCACCAGCAGGAGCACGGCAGACUGGAGCCACGGCUGCCGGGUAAAGUGUUGGUCGACUAUUACAAUGUACCGGAUAAGAUGAACGAAGUUUUAGCAUCGAUGUAUGAAGAAAAAAUCGAUAUGUCGGACGUGCAAUACGCGGCGCUGACGCAGCUGGCCAGCGCGCCACUCACCGUCGCUUUCUGCCACCAGCUUCACCGACACGUCAUUACCGGCAACACCGUCAAUGCCGUCAACGGACAUAAGAGACCGACGUUCACCAUACAUGUGAUCGGGGCUGAGCUGCAGCUAGAAGCUGACAGUCUGGGCAAGUGGGAGGUGUUCCUGCUGCAUCUAAAGCCAGGACUAAAGGAGCUGCGCAUCGCUCUUGUAGGACACGACCUUAAUGCCGCUAAUCUACCAUUGGACUUACUUGGCAAGAUUAGGCCCUGUGAGAACUGCCGCGUGAACAAGAGACGAGUUACAUUCAGUUUCCAGGACAAGAAAUAUCAUGAAUAUUGGGCGAGUGAUGAUUUUACAAUACCUGAUAUUGUAUGUGCUUUCAAUCCGAAUAUACAUCGUUCAUCUUUGUACAACGGCGUAGAAGUGUGGUCUUCAACGAUGAACUGCAUUUUUAAACAAAAGAUACCCUUCCUCAUUACUUCUAGCACGAUGAGAGAACUAAAGAAUGAUCUAGAAACGAUCAAGAAGAAUACAGAAGUUGACUAUAAAGUUAUAUCAGAGGUUAAAUUGAAUCCAUUUGCGAGCGUGCGACCUGAUAGAAAUUUUGUAACCGACGAUGAUACCCCUCUUUUGUUCAAAAAUUAUUGUUUUUCCCUUUUAUGUGGUGCGUAAAUUUUUUUUUUACAUAUAGAAGUGGGUUGAUUAGUUUUUAA